AUGAACGUGGUUAUCGACCUCCUUCCUUCCCCCCACCAUUACUUCACCCUUGCCGUCGACUACUGGCAACGGUCAGCCACAACGCGCAAGAGUGCAGACAGAAGACGCGUAGCAGCCGACUUCGAUGUGGAUGUUAUUGAGAGUGGCUUCUUUCCUCGCCAACCACUGCCUCGGCUGCCCCAUGCUUUCUCGGUGUGGGAACAGGCGCUGACUGACGCGCCUGACCAGCUUAGUCUUUACGAAGACGAGUCGGAAGCAGCAACUGCCAAACGCGUGUCGGGCGAGUCAUGGCGGGCUCAGGUUCGAUCUUGGCCUGUGAUUGACACCGAAGUCCUUCAAUCCAAUCUACGACUUUCUCAGCGCGCUCAUCUCGUUCUGGCUUGGCUUGUCCACUACUAUGUCCAUUCCUCUCCCGAACCAACAGAUGACAAGGCGUUUGUCGUUCCGAAAUCAAUCGCGGUGCCUCUUGUUGCUAUCUCGAGGCAUCUAGGCAUCGCACCGGUCUUGACCUUCGCUGAUACGGUCCUAUGGAAUUGGGAGCUGAUCGACGCAACUGAACCGUUCUCCAUUGACAACAUCCGAUUUGUUAAUUUAUUUUCUGGGACCGAAGACGAGCGCAACUUUUACCUCACGUCAGCACGAGCAGAAUAUCGUGGCAUUGAGAUGUUGCGCAUUAUCGACGAAUUCAACAAUCUGCCCAACGUGGAGGACGACAUGACGUCCAUCUCCAAAGUGGCGCGGGACCUGACCCGGCUUGCAGCUAUCAUCGACGACAUUAGCGACAUCAUUCAAAGUGUUCGCUCGGUUGUCGAUCCGCACGUCUUUUACUGGGACCUCAGGCCGUGGUUUGAAGGCAGCGAUGCCAAGGGACCUAAUGCGGCUGGCUGGGUUUACGAAGGAGUUGAAAAUACCGACAAGCUCGAUUUGAGUGGGCCAUCAGCUGGGCAAAGCAGCGUGAUGCAUGCUCUAGAUGUGUUCCUCGAUGUCGACCACAAACUCAAAAGUCGGAGAUAUCCAGCCCCGUCAGAUGCCAACAAGAGGGCCGACCACGGGUUCAUGGAGAGAAUGAGGCGGUACAUGCCUGGCAAGCAUCGCGACUACCUUUCCUGGAUUGCGACGAGGUCUUUAUCGAUUCGUGAACUGGCCUCGAGGACAAGCCAAUUGCGGGAGCCGUUUGAUGGAGCUGUCCUGGCUCUCAAACGGUUGCGAGAUCUUCAUAUGCGCAUCGCGUGCCUUUACGUUGUGACAAUGUCUCGCACGACUCCAACAGCUUAUGCUGGUUGCCCAGUCGCUUCAAUGAUGGACAGGCUGCAGAAGAGUCGGGCUGCGGGAGAUGGCCCGACAAGGGGCACGGGUGGGAACGAACUCACUCUUUUGUUGAAGGCUGGUCGUGAUGCGACACGACGAACGGUAUUGAAAGAUAACUAA